GUUGAGGACUUUUUGAGGGUCUAGGGUUUUACUGCUGCAGGGAACCACCGUUGGGGAUUAGGGCAGCGCAUACGAAUUUUUCAUCAGCAGCGAACAUCAUUUUCCAGAAAUGGCCUCUGCAAAGCAAAGGGCACAGGCAAAGAAAUCUGCUGCUGCAGAAGAUGAGGGCAUGGAUCCAACGCAAUACUAUGAAAACAGGCUAAGGGCUCUUGCCACUCAGAAGGAAGCUGGAAAUAAUCCUUAUCCCCACAAAUUUGAAGCUAAGUUGACAAUUCCAGAAUAUGUAAAGCAAUAUGAAAGUUUAAACAGUGGGGAUCAUCUUGAAGAUGUCGAAGAAAGAAUAGCUGGUCGGCUCAUGAACAAACGAUCAUCAUCAUCAAAGCUGUUCUUCUACGAUCUGCAUGGUGGUGGUGCUAAAGUUCAAGUUAUGGCUGAUGCAAGGAAAUCAGAUCUCGGGGAAGAGGAAUUCACUGCAUUUCAUUCUUCAGUGAAGCGGGGAGACAUUGUUGGAAUCAUUGGGUUCCCAGGUAAAAGUAAGCGUGGGGAGCUUAGUAUAUUUCCAAAGACAUUUGUAGUGCUAUCCCACUGUCUUCACAUGAUGCCACGGCAGAAAAUUGGCCCAGGAUCAGAAAAUGUGAAGGUAAAUGAAGUUUGGGCUCCGGGAAGCGGAAGGAAUCUAGAGUCCUAUAUAUUGAAAGAUCAGGAAACACGCUAUAGGCAGCGAUAUUUGGAUUUGAUGCUGAACUCGGAGGUCCGGGAAAUAUUCAGGACCAGAUCAAAAGUUAUUUCUUACAUCAGGCAUUUUCUUGACAAGCUUGAAUUUUUGGAGGUUGAAACUCCGAUGAUGAACAUGAUUCCAGGGGGAGCUGCAGCUCGGCCAUUUGUUACCCAUCAUAAUGAAUUAAAUAUGAGACUUUACAUGCGCAUUGCUCCAGAACUCUAUCUCAAGGAAUUGGUGGUUGGUGGCUUAGACCGUGUCUAUGAAAUUGGGAAACAGUUUAGGAAUGAAGGAAUUGAUCUAACUCACAACCCCGAGUUUACCACUUGCGAAUUCUAUAUGGCAUAUGCCGACUACAAUGACCUGAUGAAACUCACUGAAGAUAUGCUUAGUGGAAUGGUGAAGGAACUUACUGGUGGCUAUAAAAUUAAAUAUCAUGCCAAUGGCGCAGAUCAUGAUCCUAUUGAGAUUGACUUCACUCCUCCCUUCAGGCGAAUUGAUAUGAUAGAUGAGUUAGAGAAGAUUGCAAAUCUUAGCAUACCUAAGGACCUUGCCAGUGAAGAAGCCAAUAAAUAUUUGGCUGCUGCAUGUUCCAAAUUUGAUAUCAAAUGCCCGCCUCCUCAAACAACUGCCAGAUUGUUAGAUAAACUUGUUGGACACUUUCUUGAGGAGACAUGCACAAACCCUGCUUUCAUCAUCAACCAUCCAGAGAUCAUGAGUCCACUAGCCAAGUGGCAUCGAUCCAAGCCUGGCCUAACAGAACGAUUUGAGCUAUUUAUCAACAAGCAUGAACUUUGCAACGCCUACACCGAGUUGAAUGACCCUGUUGUACAACGCCAGCGUUUUUCCGACCAACUGAAGGACCGACAAUCUGGUGAUGAUGAAGCAAUGGCCCUGGAUGAAACAUUUUGUACUGCUCUUGAAUAUGGUCUUCCUCCAACUGGUGGCUGGGGGCUGGGCGUUGAUCGAUUGACAAUGCUGUUGACUGAUUCACAGAACAUUAAGGAAGUCUUGCUUUUCCCUGCAAUGAAACCCCAAGACGAACCUUCAACCAAGGAAAGCAACAAGAAAGCUCAGGAGGAACCUCCCACCAAAGAGCUUGAAAAGACCGUACUGUAACAAGGAGAAAGACCACCCUAUAAACUUCACUUAUUUGUGUCCAAGAUAUUUAUUGUUUCUCUCACCUUCGGACAACUAGGCACAGAUCAUAUAUUUUUGUCUAUCCAAUUCCAACAUAAACAAAUCUAAUUUAUAUUAUUGAA